AUGUCAGGCCAGGUCUACAGGUUCUUUACAGGCAAACAGCAGCCGCAGUGGGUAUGGGAUCUUGCCUUGGAGGUGCGUAUCCCGGCUAUUUUUUGUGCGUACCUUGUGUACGUCAACACGCGGUGCUACUAUGACGCUUUGACUGCCUAUCAAGCGAAUUCGAAGUGGGGUAUGACCAACGGAAAACUGCUGGAGCUUCGGAAGCUGAAUUACCGGUACAUCAGUGUUCCGCGAUACGCCGUGCGCUACGAAUACGAAGUUGACGGUAAAAAGUACGUCUCGACGAGGGCGACAACCGGGUCCCCCUACAGGAACUGGAUGGAGCGGUUUUACAAUGACACCAUUACCGAGUCUCAGUAUCUUCAGGCAAUCCCUGUGCUCCGCGUGGGUGAGCGCUGCACCGUCUUUUACGACAAGAAACACGCUGGGUCGCUCUCGGCCCUUGCGCACGACGCAAACUCGUUUGAGAUCUCCGUUCUAAGCUUUCUCACCGUCGUCCCCCUUCUUAUGGGGUACCUUAUGAAGGCACAUUGGUGGAUGCUCAAGAAGGCGUACAUGCCGAACAAGAGGAUGCGCGUUCGCUUCCCGCCGGCGGACCGUCCACCACCUCCUCCGCAGGCGCCGGAAAACGCCUCUCAAAUCUCUCAGCCUCCCAAGCCGUGA